UUCAGUAACUUCUACGUGCAUGCCGAGCCCUUCCAGUUCGAGGGUGUGCAACUUCAGACUUCCGAGGCCGGCAUCAUGCUCGCCAAAGCGGAUCUCUUCGGCAUGCAGAUCAAGGAUCAAAACCACGAUUUGGCAAAGCAAAUCCUCGCAAACAGCGGGAACCCCAGGAAGUGCAAGCAGUUGGGUCGAUCAGUGAAAGACUUCAACCCUACCGCGUGGGGGUCCGUCAGAGACUUUAUAGCAGUGCAGCUGCUCUACUCCAAGUUCACCAGCUCGAAGCUUCUCAAAGAAGUUCUUCUAUGCACCAACGAGCUUCAUCUAGCCGAAGCAUCACCCGACGAUGCAGUCUGGGGUGUUGGAGUUGGCGAGGAUCUAGCGAGAGACCCCAAGAACUGGAAGACUGGAUGCUUGAAUGUUCUAGGAGAGAGCCUGAUGAAGGUCAGGCAACGCAUC